GGGAAGCAGGUGGAGGAGAGCGGCGCCCGCGUGGACGAGUACGGCGCCAAGGACUACCGGCCGCAAAUGCCCCUCAAGGGCGACCACGCGUCGCGGCCCCUCUGGGUGGCUCCUGAUGGCCAUAUCUUUCUAGAAGCCUUUUCUCCAGUUUACAAGUAUGCACAGGAUUUUUUAGUUGCUAUUGCUGAGCCGGUGUGCAGGCCAACACACAUCCACGAGUACAAGCUGACCGCUUACUCGCUUUAUGCCGCAGUUAGUGUUGGCUUGCAAACAAGCGACAUCACAGAGUAUUUACAAAAACUGAGCAAAACUGGUGUCCCAGAUGGAAUAGUUCAGUUCAUCAAGGUAAGUACAUUAUGGAAUUUAAUCUAG